CGGAAUCUCUGGCACAAUCUCGGAGGUGGCCCGGCAGGAUCACGACACGGCACCAUCGAGCAUAGGGCCCCAGGCGUCCGCAAUGGGGGAGCCACCGCAGAAGAGGCUCAAGGGGGCCGAGUUCGACAAGCUCCUCGCCUACUGGAAGGAGCACUCUCUCGUCAUCCGCUCAUCACUGAGGGCGGCUGCCAAGGCGGAGCACAACUCCGCCCCUCAGGGCCCAUGCGAGAGGACCCUGUUCGAGAGGGGCGUCAAGAACCAUUGGGAGCCCCUCGAGCCACACGUGCAGGAGCAAUGGAUGCAGGGGUGGCUCAAGGGCGGACCGCCACCAGGGCAAACCACGAUUUACGACUACAGGGAGAGCGAAGCCGUGGGCACCAGCACCAAGGAGGACGUCCCCAUGCAGGCAGGGGAGGGGGAGUACGCCUCGUACCAGUGGUGCCAGCAGUGCUGGGAGGCGUGGUCGGAGCAGAAGCCAGAUCCGAAGGAGAAGGCCAUGGGGUGCUCCCGCCGCAGCAGGCAGCUCCCAGUAAUCCCCGGAUGCGGGAAAUGCGGAGUCGUCGGAGUCACCCUCUUCACCUAUCAGGGGCCUUCCGGAUUCGAGGCCAUGCGCGGCGUCUGCUGGCUCACUGUCUGCGCCCCGCGGACGCCCCAGAUCCCUGCGCCCGUUGCCGAGGGGCCGAGCGGGGCUGCGUCGAGCCAUCCACUCUUCCCGGAGUUCGAGCGGCUCGGCGGGGGCAGCGGGGGCGGAGGGGGUCCCGGUCCACAGCAGGGCAACGGAGACGCGAAGCGGUAUGACAGAUGGAUCCGGCUGUUGCCGACUGGCGCAGUCCCCUCAGACCGUGUCGUGCCCUACUGGGCGAUGACCUGGCCUGCUGGGAACCCCGUGUUCACCCUCACCUCCACGUGGCCCCACAUCCUCCAGAGUGGGCAGCCGAGGGGGGUCCUCAUCAAGUUCGGCAAGCAGAAGGG